AUGAAGUUCGUUGUAAUGCAAUAUAUGGUCAAUAGUCAGUGGUUGUCUCAAUUUCCAACAUCAUGGCCAGGAGCACCUAGUGUGCUUGGUGUUGAAGUGGUGGUGCACCAUCUAGUUUUUCCUUCUAUUCUUGAGGAAGAGCCGACUGAAAGUCCUCCACCUGAUGUUCUUCCUAGUCCACCCCGCAUUGAUCAAACGGCGUCUUUUUCAACUGCUGUCAAUGGAAGUAACAUUGCUGGAGAGAAAGAGCGACAAGAAUUUUGGUUAUUAGGCAUUACCGAAUUGAAAAAAGGGCAUGAAAUUCAUACAACGAGGUUGAAAAUCGAGAAUCUCCAGAAGGCAUUGAUUGAAUCGAUAUCUGAUCUUAGGAAGAUGGAAAUUGAAAUGAAUGAGAUUCUUCGUCGCAAAUCUGAGCUUCUUGGUCUACCAGUUCCCAACAGCUUUCCAUGA